AUGAAUUCAACCACUCGCAGACAUCUAGAGGGGCUAAGUAGGGCUUCGAAAGUGGAAGAUUUACAAGGUGCGUGGUACGGAUAUCAAACUUCCGUCCAACCUACAUUGAAAACCAAGAGAUUAGGCUGGUUCAUUCCUCGGGAAUCGACAUUGGAGAUCAAAACUCGGAACCGCGAACCUACUAUCAAGCUAGCCAAAGCUGCACCGCAACUCUGGGUAUCUCAGACGCCCAAGCUGGCUCACGCUUGUCAUCGUAGAGAUGGCAUGUUUGACUCGGUUCAAGUGAAAGAUGUCACUGGCUACGUGGAAAGUUGGGAACAAACCAACCAAGAAAAAAUCAGAAAACUCGUUGCACUCAUCAAGCACAUGAUCAAAGGGACAAAGGAAUGUGGGGGGAGGGCAUCUGUCCGGUGUGAUACCAGGGAGGGCACUAUUAGUAUCACCAAGACCGAGCGAAAGAAUAUGCUCCCAGAGGAUCUUUAUUCCAAGUGGAAAGAAUGUAUCCCUACGAUUGCUACACAGGGGAUCCUCGAACAAGACCCGGUUGUUACUUAA